GGUGUAUCGGCCAUCUUUGUGCCAAGCCAUGGCAACGGAGGGCACAUGGUUUUAUCGCGCUGCUGCCGUGAUGCAGGGAAUAAGCACCGUUCUCACUAACGCAAGAACAACGUGCCAGCGGAGUCAUCGCUUUGAAAUUUUGCCAUCGCGUGCCACGAUUUCGUAACUGGUCCUGCAUGUGAGCGCCGUUCACGUCAAGUUCGGCCAUGAUAUGGCUAAAUUCCUAGGCUUUGGCCCGCUUCGGAAGAGGAUGUCAGCAGAAAUGUCAGCCACGGAUGGGUGCAUGACACCUUGAAAUAGACAGUGGCUGACAAGAAGCUCGCUCCUUUGUUCACCCCCAGGCGUGGGUCUAAAACUGUCACUCACCACGCUUCCUGACAGGUUCAUUCUUGCCUAGUCUUCAAGCACUAAGAAUUUUUGACAGGUCUUACCUAGAAGCGGAAGAAGAUCUUGGCGUAGGAUAUUCGGUCUCAGACUAUUGAAACUUUGAGCCUCUUGUACAGACAAGCGCCAUGCAUCAUUGUCAUUUCCUUGACGCGCUGCGGUGCAUCGCCGCGUCUAUCCCGCACUGCAUGGCACGAAUCCCUGCAAUUCUGGGGGCGAAUAGACGUGAAAGGUGAUUGAGCUGACAAUUGCGACAUUUUUUUCAGAGCAGUUGACAGAUAUUUCGAACCAUGAGCCAAUAAUCUCAUUCCUAGCUUAGGAAACGACAGGGCUGGGCGGGCCACAGUUUAUCAAUCUUGGAAGAUGCUUCACUGGAAAGAAGAAAGAAGGUAGAGAAAAGCUUGCUUAUAAGAAUGACUGCAGAUCCUGUCAGACCUUGUUGUCAUGAUUAACAUCACAGUUUGGCCAACAACGACGAUUGCCUGAGACGAGACCUACAGUUCCUGGGAUCAAUCGAAGAGUGUUGCCUUCAAUAUCAGGCUAGGCACGCCAAUUCCUCUGGCUAAAAUGGCUUCUAAUCUUCCGAUAAUCACUCUCGACCAAACUCUGUUCGAUCUCUACAACCUGGAUGGAGGAAACGGUGACGAGGUCGGCUUUGUCAUGGCCGUGCCUCCUCCCGGACCACAAGUUGCGCCGUCCUUUCCGAAGCCAGUCAAGUAUGCGUAUCAGUCUCCGAGAUACCCGAAGCUCGACAACGACAUCUAUGCUCGUAUUUGUCUAGGGUCCGCCGCUCAGUACCACGCCUUUCAGACUGGACCUAUCCCUCUUUACCUUUUCGACGUUGAGGCGCCAAAGAGUGGUUUCUUCGCCAAACUCACUGCGGUGCCUGGCCACCGCGAGGAUGCCGAGCGUGUCUACUCCCAGCUUGACCCCGCCCAAAGGCCUGAUGUUAGAUUCAUCAGCGAUCCAUCUGAUAUCAAGCGAGCAGGGCCCACUCGGCUUUUUUCGUACACCCCAUUGGAUAUUCUGGAAGGCCGUACCGUGACAGUUGACACAGAUGUCCACUACAAGCUGUUGUCCAAGAGGACCCUGGCUUUUGCACCUCUGAAAAGCCCUCGGUCCGAUGUCAUCGACUCGCAGCUGUCACCAGAAGAAGCCAAAGACCCACUUCUGGUAGCUUCCGAGGUCGAAAAGAUGCUUGCGCCCAUCCAGAAGCGUGAGUUGCCAUUCGUUGUCAAGGUCCCUCAGGCAGUUGGCGGUCAAGGUGUCUUCGUGCUCAAGGACGAGGCUGAUCGUACCGACUGUCUCGAGGGCCUCCAAGAAGAGACUGUCAGCAUGAUCCAGAGUGUCAAUAUCGCGAACGAGCAUCUCAAGCCUGCCUGUCUCAUCCUUCAGGACAUGCUUCCAGGUGUUCCCCGCGGCCUCAACCUCUUUGUCACCAAGGCUGGGCGCUCCGUAUGGGUCAGCUGCACUGAGCCGAUUCUGGACGAGCGCAACUACUGGAGCGGUGCCUUUGUCGACUUUAACCGUCAGAAGCACUGGGAAGAGUAUUACGGCGAGACUGCCAGGCAAAUCUCUAAGUAUGUCUUUGACCAAGGGUACUACGGUCCCUUGGGAGCGGACAUCAUGCUCGACGAGAGCGAUAGGCAGCAUGUCAUCGACUUGAACGUGCGGUUGACAGGUAGUUACAUAUUGGGACUCAUGCGGAACCACUUCACUUCUCGGGGGCUGAACUGCGCCUCCCUGUUGACGCCUCUUGCCGUGAGAGGAGACCGCAACGCCUUCGAGGCCAAGUUUUCCAGGGAGUUGGAAGAGGGACGUCUGGUCAUCACUGGUUGGACGCAUGGUCGUGGCGGACCUGGCGGGAUUUUCAGGUACAGCAUCGGCUCCUUGGUGGUUGGCGGGGAGGAUCAGGAAUCUAUGCUGGCCAUGAUGGACACGGUGAAUGCUAUCCGGAUCCGGAAGUAG